AUGGGCCGGCACCAUUUGAAAUUACCUCCGGGUUUAUACCUUGCGAAUGCUCCCCCUCCACAGACUACUACUUCUUCUUCCAUUCCUUUUGCAACUUCGUUUCUGUCGGUCAGAUCUGCGGUCUAUCAGUCGUCCUCAGUCACCAGUUUUCAAGACUCGUACGGAGCACGUGCUGUCGGCGAUAAGAUCCCUGGCUUCAAAACGUCCGCAGCAUUCUUCACCACGCUCAGAGCGAACUUGACUAUCGACCUCGAGUCUCCGCCACCCUCAUUGUGCAACACCCCAGACUUGAGGCCUAGCAACAUGGCGUCCUCCAUCGCAUCCCUCCCUCCCCCCUCCCCCUCGCCUCUUGCAUAUGUCGAGGGACCCCCCUCGGCAGAGCCUGCUGGUCUCUCGAGUGACGCACCUCCUCUGGCCACCAGCGUUGCGAGUACCGAAGACGACAAGGUCGAGGUUUUGCAUUUAAUUGCCGAUUCGGUCGCGCAACAGCGACAAUAUGCUUCGUCAGCGAUUCUGUACCACCCAGUCACUUUAGCACUCGAGAUCUUGAUACUGGGCUUCCUUCACAACCGCCUUUACAAGGGUAAUUCUUCCGACUGGGCUAUCAUCAUGACCACCUUUGCUGGCACUGUCAUGGCGACCUUGGCCGCUGUUCGCCUGGUGACCAAAGGCUUCAUUGACGAAGCCGAGUCUGUUGGAACGUGGAAGUGGCUCGAGAAAGAUCGAGACACGAAUGACGUGGUGGGCGAUGACGAACUAAUCCUAUCCCGCUAUGGAGAUCAGGCAAUUGGCUCGCUCAUCCUACGCGGGCAACGCGAUGUGUCCACCAACUCUCCCUCGUCGGGAUCCGGCCAACGAAAACGGCGACAAAACAGCAAUGGCAAGAAUGCCCCUGUUACCGGCCUCAUACGAGGCUGGACCGUCAAGAACAGGUACCGUCAAAAGGGUGUCGGUACGGAGCUGCUUGAAGAGGCCAUCAAGAUCUGCCAACAAAAGGGCUGGCAAGGUCCCGACAUUGCCCCCGACCAUGCAAACAGCAAACGACACCUACCCGCUUUUUUUGCAGGACCCCUUGAGAAACGCGAUGCGAAAGCUAGACGACUUCUGGGAAAGACGAAAGACGCCAUGGGUGUUGGCGCCGCGGCAAACGCCGGCAGCAAGAAGAGGAGGUAA